ACGAGUGUGUUUCCAUGGUAACGAUCUCGCGACAACAAACAAAAUUAGAUUUUGGGGGAAAAAUUACUUAAUAACAAAUUGUAAUUGGCUAUUACGCCACGAGAGUGACCGUGAAGCAGUUCAUAACCUACAUACCAUCUUGCUCGAUCUGAAGGCGUCAACAGCUCGUCACUAUCUGUCGCCGGAGAUUUUGUACGAUAAGGUGGCGGCGGCGCGGGCGCUCCUGAACGUGUCUUUUGGAUUAGGAGGAAAACUGAUAGAAAAAAACCACCACCAAACACAACAUUUCAGUUUCAACGCCAGGCACCAACUGCCAAACAAUUCUCUCAACGCUCCACCAACCAACAACAACAGCAACAGCAGCAGCGAGAGCGGGGCAAAAGCGUCGCUACGCAACCGCCGGGUCUGUGUCUGGUCUGGGUCUGGUCGGCACCGUGUGUGGAGCCGUCCGAAACGGAAGAAGAUGCGACAGUUACUAUUUACGGGCUUCAACGCAUUUGGCCAGCAUGAAUUUGUAAACAGCCCCCACGACGACGACUGCGCUGCCAGUGGCAGUGCCAGUUCCAGUGCAGGUUUUAGUGAAAUAAAUGCGCACGACGGCGGCAACAACAACGAAAAAAACCAGUGCACGAUCGCGUUAGCUUGGCGUUACACCGCCUAUGCCUGGGGCCGGAAGUUGCGGCUGCGGGGCCUCCUCGAGAGGGAGCGAGGCGAGUGCUUGGAUGUGGAAGCGCCUGGAGAGAUAAAAGCAUUGGCCGCCUGUGACUCGCACUGCUUGGUUUUGCUCUACACUGGCGAACUGUACAAAAUACAGCCCAAAUUGGAGGCGACACUGCAAGCGAUUAGACUGGAAAAUCCCCCCAGACCAUGUACGGCAACGAAGCGGACUAUUUUCGGGGCGGCCAAGGCUCCUGCAGCUCCCAUUAUCGAGCACAUUGCCUGCGGAACGACCAUCAAUGUGGCUGUCAGCUCUGUGAAUGCGGUCUACUCCAUUCCCAGUUGCCUACAUCAGUUUCCCGAACGCCAGUGGCGAGUCCAACAACUGGAAUGUGGACAUGAGCAUGCCCUGCUUCUGAAUGGCAACGGCGACGUGUACAUCUGGGGAAAUGGACUUCGCGGACAGUUGGGACAACAGACAUUACGUGUGGAAGAGACGCCCCAAUUAAUGGAGUCGCUGGCGGGGAUCAAAAUAACUGGCAUUGCCGCGGGCGGAUGGCACAGUGCGGCUAUAUCCGCAUUCGGAGAUCUCUACACUUGGGGUCUCAACUGCAGCGGCCAACUGGGAAUGCGGGUCAUGAGACCCGGUGGCUUGCUGAAAGAGCCCACCGUGUAUCCCCUACCUCAGCUGCACGAUCUGCCCCACUGUUGCGGAGAGAGUGGGGACGAAGAAGGCGUUUGUGAGCCUCUCAAAGUUUUUGCCGGCUCUCGUCACACCCUGCUGCUUCGGCGGUGUGGGAGGCUAUGGGCUAGUGGCUGGUGCAUCCACGGUCAGUUGGGCAAGCAACUGUGUGAGCAGAACUUUUUGGACGCAUUCCAAGCUCUAGAUGGCUCUAGAGCUGGUGCAGACCUCAAUUUCGUCAACGUCAUCUGCGGCCCUUGGGCAACGCUGCUCAUUUCCUGA